AUGAGGCUGACCAAGCAGGUGGAGGAGCUGCUAAUGAAGGUGGACAACUCCUCGAUUGCAGUGGCGAGCGGCUCUGAGGAGGAGCUGCAGCGGCUGCGGGAGGACUACGCCACAGAGCAGCAGAAGCGCGAGGACGCGGAAGUUCGCGAGCGCAUGCAGAGGGCGAAGAUGGAGCAGUUGGAGCUGCAGCUGGCGGACACCGCCCAAAGAGUCGAUGCUUCUACGGAGGACAAGGCCAGCAUUGCUGCUUUGGAGCAGAUGGUGGCCGAAAAGGAGUCACGCUUGCAGGAGGUGCUGCAGUGCCUUGCGGAGCCGGGAGCCGGGGAAGUGGACGUGGUCGUAACGGAACUGCAAGACAAGCUGAACUGCGAGGAGAAGAAGCGCCGGGAGUCCGAGAGCCUCGUGGCGGACCGGGACGGCCAGCUGCGGCACCUCCGGGAGCGGCUGCUGGGCGAGGAGAAGGAAAGGUUCGAUCGGGAGAUGAAGCUGCAGCAGUUUGAGACAGACCUCCGAGAUUCCAAAAAGGACAAGAGCGAAGUGCUCACCAAGCUGUCCGCCAAGGAGAGCCAACUGGUGGAGCUUCAGCGACAGCUGGCCGAAGAGCUGACGCAGCGCCAGGCAGCGCAGAAACAGCUUGUGGAGAAGGAGCGGAUGCUCAAGGAUCUCCGGGAAGAGCCGCUGGACAGGUUGUCAGCCCAGCAGGCCGUGCAGGAGCAGGUCAUUGAGAAGGAGCGCGAGGUUUGCAAUCUGCAGCAGCAGCUGGCGGAUGAACUCUCAAAGCGUCAGACAGUGCAGUACUCUAUCAUCGAAAAGGAUCGCCUCAUUUGCGAGUUGCAAUCUCAGCUGUCAGAGCAGGGCCCAGGGCCGGAGAUGGAUGCCGCGCUGCAGCCCAUCGAGGAGGACAACACCCUGUCUGCGCCAGGCACCCCAGCGCCGGCGCCGAAGAAGCUGCCGCCCUGGCUGGCGGCACGGGGCUCCGUGCCGGUGUCCACGCCUGUGGGGAGGACCUCUGACGUGUGGAUGUCUCAAGGAGUUUACCAGCAAGGCAACAGCUACCAGCCUCGCAUGUAUCCCGCCGGGCCGCAGCAUCCUGCGCCGCAACCGAGCCCUGGAAUCCACUACCGUGCCCGCGUCUACGGGGUGUCCCCCCGUCAGGGCUUGGCACCCGCCCACCUCUCCAGGCGCUUGGCGCAGGGAGCCUCCACCUUCACCUGA